UAUGUAACGGUAUGUCCUACAGUGUUUCGCCUCAUAGCGCUGUUUUUGCAUGACGAUGGCAGCUCUGAACUGCAAAGUAUUUCCCAUCAUCAGAACUGUAUUCGUGAAGGCGAGUCCGGGCUGUUUGCGUGCGACGCGUUUAACGCAAAGGACGGAUCGAUUCUUUUCUUGUUUGGGUCAGAACUGUCAGCUUCACAAUGAGAAAGGGACAAAGAGCAAUACAUUGACCGGAAAGGUGGACAGGUUUGGUGGUGUCACUGUGCAUCUCAACGAACGUGAAUUUCCACCUGACAUCAGCGACGGCACCUUCAGCGUUCUACUGCGAGACUCUCUCAGCCAGUGGAGGACAGAGGGCCGGGUGGCGGUGUGGCUGCACGUUCCCAUCUCCCAGAGCCGCUUAAUGGGCGUGGCCGCCUCACAGGGCUUCACCUUCCACCAUGCCCGGCAGGACCGGGCCACGCUCGCCCUUUGGCUGGGGGAAGGGGAAAGCAGGCUGCCUGGGUUUGCCACACACCAGGUCGGGGUCGCAGGUGCAGUCCUAGAUGAGACAAGUGGAAAAGUUCUCGUCGUUCAAGACAAAAACAAGACAAAAGAUGCAUGGAAGUUCCCAGGUGGGCUUUCUGACCCAGGGGAAAAUAUUGGUGCCACAGCCGUGCGGGAGGUCUUCGAGGAGACAGGGGUGCGAGCUGAGUUCAGGUCCCUCCUUAGCAUCCGGCAGCAGCACAACCACCCGGGCGCCUUCGGCAUGUCCGACAUGUACAUCAUCUGCCGCCUGCGCCCCCUGACCUUCGACAUCAACUUCUGCAGGCAGGAGUGCCUCAGGUGCGAGUGGAUGGAGGUGGCCGAGCUGGCCAAGACGGACGCCACCACGCCCAUCACCAGCCGGAUAGCCAGGCUCCUGCUCUACGGGUCCAGGGAGGGUUUCGACAAGAUCGACCUCUCCAUGGAGGAGCUGCCUGCCGUCUACUCGGGGAUGUUCUACCAGCUGUACCACAGGGCGCUGCCCGAGGCGUGCCGACAGGUCUGAACGCGCGUCC